AUGUCUGAACAUCCAAAGGCGAAGCGCAUAGUCAUCAUAGGUGGAGGGGCUGUUGGAUGUGCCACUGCUUACUUCUUGACCCGGCAUGCCCUCUACGAUAGUAGCAGAGACCAGGUCACUCUUGUCGAAGCUACCGAAAUUGCGGGUGGCGCCUCUGGUAAAGCUCAUGCCAGUGUUGCAGAUUGGGCCGCUCCUCCUUGUCUCGCUACGUUGAGCUGGCAAUUGCACACAGAGCUAGCUACUGAGCACAACGGCGCUGAUCGCUACGGAUUUCGCAGAGUUCGCUCAGUAUACUGCGAGAUCGACCUUGACGAUGCUCCUGGCAGAGAUCCACCAGCAACUAUAACGCCAUCAUCCAAGACUCAAGCGCAAACGACAGAGCCAGUGCCUAAGCUCAUAGACGCGGGCCGCGUGACAGCAUGUAAUCUGCGAGGGAACGGCCCAGAAGGCUCUGCUCAGCUUCAUCCCUAUUGGUACACCAAGACAUUGGCUCAAGAAGCGGAAGCUAAGGGCGCAACGAUCAUCUUUGGCUCUGUUACCAAGAUUAACUACUCUGAUGAUGGGAAAGCCGUCCAGUCCGUUCUCUACACAGCGAAGGGCUCCGAAAUUGUCAAUGAGUUACUCGCAGACUAUGUCAUUGUGGCGGCAGGUCCAUGGUCGAAGACUGUUCUCCCCAAGCUUCCCAUAGGGGGUGCGAGAAACAAUACACUGCUUCUCGAAGUUCCGAGCACCGAGACGCUUCCCGAGCUAGUAUCCUUCAACAAUAAGAUUCCGGGCUCUUGGUUCCCCAGAGUCAAGAUCUACCCACGACCUGACAACACCGUUUACAUCACCGCUGGCACGGACGCUGAAGCGCCUCCCCUCCCGGCGUCUUCCGACCAAGUCGAGGUCGAUAAGGAGGUUUGCGCGCGGAUUCGGCGCGCCGCCGAAUAUGUGUCUAGCCUUCUGCAUAACCGCAAGCUCAUAGCUGUGCAGGCUGCUUAUAGACCUGUUGUGACAAUUGAGGGAAGAGACCGUGCCGUAGGGCCGCUCCUGGGUGCUACCACAGUCGCAGGUCUUAUCGUAGCUACUGGUCACGAUAACUGGGGAAUACAAAACUCGCCAUCAACUGGGAAGAUUGUAAGUGAGAUAAUUUUCGACGGGGCCGUUAAAAGUGCGGAUAUCUCGAGUCUGGCUCCCGGGGAUGUGGUCUAG